UGCGAAGGAUUAUAGAUGUAAAUACAAUGCUGGGGAGAGGAUAAAGUGCAAAUCAAACCUCCAAACAGGUUUAUUUGACUUCAAGGUAUAAGUUAAGCUGCUAACAGUAAAGCAGUAUAUUUGAGCAAGAUACAAUAGUUUUUGUUUUUUGUUUUUAUUGGUCUCAAAUUUGACAUAUAGUCAUGAGCAGCUUGGCUCCUGCUCGCAGCUUCGUCACAGCCUGCAGCCCGCAGCUCACUUCUUCUCUAACACAGAUGUUUAGCAUGUUAGACACCGCUGCGGAGCAAAUGAUGGUCCACAAAGACUUCCAGGCAGCUUUUGAAACAUGCAAGGGAGGCUUAGAGAGUCUAGCCAACAUGGAGCAAGAGGACAACAGAUGUGGAGAGUUGAAGGCUGGUUUCUGCAUCCUAGGGAUUCAAGCACUGGCUGAGCUGAAUCAGUGGCAUGGGGUCUCCUGCUGGGUCCUGCAGCAGUACGAGCUCCAGGAGAAAAUACCAGCUAAAAUAAUGCAGAUGUGCAUACUUCUUUACUCCCAGGUGGGAGAGCCAGCUGUGAUGCAGGAGGCCGCCAGAGUUUGGUUACACUGUCCCUCCAACAGCAGAUUAACAGGGUUCGGGACGGUGGCAGAGCUGUACCUCCUGCAUGUCCUCGUGCCUCUUGGUCACAGAGACGAGGCUGUGGAGAUGAUCGUUGGUGAGGUCGGAAGUGCUGCGUUCACAGAAGAACAGAGGCAGACGGCACUGGAUGUUGUAGAAGAAAAAGAGCAACAGAAUAAAGAACCGCCUCUAAAUCCUGAGAUCACUGCAAAUCCUGUCUCAACUCGAGGAUCUGUAAUCCGUAAACUUGAAACCAUGUUGAGGUUUUUGCACAGAAAAGUGUUGGGGACCGGCUCUGGCUCGUUCCCUCUCCGGAGAGUCUUUCUGGCUGCCGUCCUUCUCUACAUGCUUUUUUUCCGCAUGGAUCCAGCUCUUCCAUCUUCAUUCAUGUGGAUUUCCAAACUUCUCCAGCUGGUCAGACAGAUGUGGACUGCCAUGUUUGCACCGUACUAUCAGGCUCUAACUCAGAGAUCGUAAAGGGACUAAAAAUCACAUUAUGUUUCAUCCAUUAUUUUGAUUCCUUUUUACCUUGUUGUGUUGGAAAGAUAACAUGGUUUAGUCCUUUUUUUUCAUCAAACCUGUUUAAACACCAGUCAAAGUUAUUACUUAUUUUUAUUGAAAAAUAAUACAUUUCCAGCAGUAUGUUCUGUUUUAUGAGUCAGAAACCACAUCCUUAAGAUGCUCCACUAGAUUGACAUCAUUCAGGUUUCAUGUCCAUCCUACUGACGUAACUCCCUCUUCAUCCUAAUAAUUACUUUAUUAACCAGGAACGUGUCACACUGAGAUUAAAAUAUUUUACAUGAGUGUUCUGGGUUUGCAAAGACACCUGCAACACUUACACAUAGUUACAAAACAUAUAACACAAAUACAUAAACGUUUUUUUGUAUUUGUGUCUAGCUUGUAGUGUACAACUGGAAUAUAUAUUUUUUUGUAAAUAAAAUUUCUGAAUUGA